CUAUCCCUUUCAGCUCCAGCACCUCUCUCUCUCUCUCUUUCUCUCUCUCUUCCCCCUCCCAUUCCUUUCUCUCUCUCUCUGGUCUAUGAGAACUCCUAUAGAUUCAGACCACAGGAUGAUGUCUCGCCAUUGAUGGGUUCUGAAGCAGAGGAGAUGAGUCAGAAGGAGAAAGAAGAGGGGAUAUGGAAGAGACUCUCCUCCCCCUCCUCCUCUGUUCUUUCUCUAUCCUCCACACGGCUGCUCCCACUGCUGCUGUGUGUAACCUUGCUUACCUACUUCCUUUAGAGUGUGACGGGUAUCGUAUGCUUCUUGGACAUCGCAACUUCUUCUGAAACCAUCGAGCAGCUGUGAGAGCAUGAAGAGGCCGCUCGGUUACUCGGAUCAUCUGAUCCCCACUGGAGAAGAGAGAAUCAUGUUCCAGCCCUUCAUCGAUGGGGUGGAGGACGAUGAGUUCAUGGACGAGGAGAUGUGCAGCGGCGGCCCCCGGGGGGCCAAGAAGCGCCGGCUGAGCGCGGACCAGGUGAGGGCGCUGGAGAAGAACUUCGAGGUGGACAACAAGUUGGAGCCGGAGCGGAAGGUGAGGCUGGCGCAGGAGCUCGGCCUCCAGCCCCGGCAGGUGGCCGUCUGGUUCCAGAACCGCCGGGCCCGGUGGAAGACCAAGCAGCUGGAGCACGACUACGCGGCCCUCAAGGCCAGCUACGACCAGCUCCGCCUCGACUGCGAUGCCCUCCGCCGUGACAAGGAGUCCCUGCUCGCAGAGAUCAAGGAGCUGAGGGCCAAGUUGGCCGAGGACGGGAGUCUAAGCUUCUGCCUCGGCAAGGAGGAUCCGGUGGCGUCCGAUGCCGAGCAAAAAGCCACGGCCCCGCAGGAGCCACCGCCUCUGAUCUGCAAGGACGGGUCUUCGGACAGCGACUCGAGCGCCGUCCUCAACGACGCCAUCCUGAACGACGACGACAGCCCUCGAGGGCUGUCGUCGUCGGCGUCGGCCCCCAACAUCCUGUCGGUGGCAGCGAUCGGAUACGGCACCUUCUCUUCCUUUCCGGCUUCUCCGCCGCCGUUGCUAAACUUGGAUUUUAGGACACUGAAACCCAUCGGAGGACUCAAUCAUCAGAACCAUGCCAUGAAGAUAGAAGAGCUUCUUGGUGUGGUCGAGCCAUGCAGUGGCUUCUUCUCUGACGACCAAACUCCAUCACCCAACUGGUUCUACUAGAGCUAAAAGCCAUGAUGAAGAUGAUGAAUGUGUUGAAAUCGAAGGAGCUUUAUGGAAAUUUUGUUAUGUAAUCUUUCUCAAUGUUCCACUGUGCAUUAUUGCAAUAAGAAUCGAAAAGGAAAUGCUUUCGCUGUUGUAAGAGAAGGAGAAAGACUUUGAUCUCUUUCUAUCAUCAGUAGAAAAAAUCAUGAGUUGCAUAUUUAUUGUUCCAACAAGCUUUGCUACA